AUGGAACGGAAAGGAGCCAAAAGUAGAGGAAAGAAAGGAGAGAGUUUUCUUGAAAAAAAUGAAGACAUUCAUAAAGAAUUCUUAUCCGAUGAUCUUUCCACCCACAAAAUAACAAAUGAGAGUAAGCUAUUUGACGAGGCAGACAAGUGCUCAUCACAUGUAGGCAAGAAGGAGGAUGCGAAUAUACGCAAAAGGCAAAUCGGAAGGAAAAUUAAAAAAGUAAACGGUACUAAUAAAUUUAUGGAAGUGAGAUUCUAUAUAUUUCUGGUUCUUUUAAUUUGUUUCUACUCCCUUUUAGUGAACAUGAUUCGGAAGGGACUGGGCUUUGUUUCCAUAGCACACCGGUUAAUGCACUUACAACCCGAAAGUAUUUCCAUGUAG